AUGUUCGAUCCGAAUUUCAUAUGGUUUUAUCUGUGUUUCGUGGCUGUUCCUCAAAUUGCUUGGUCUGCCCGAGUCAACGCAACAGCUUCGGAUGGGAAAGUGAUUAUUUCUGGCAAUCAUAACGAAGUUGUUGUAUCUACAGAUAGAGAUAAUAAGAUUGCACUCGCUAAGAUAAAAAGCAGUUUGAAGUCAGUUAAGAAAUCGAACGAAGAGCUCUUCUCUCGGGUUCAGAACAUCUCUCAGAGGUUGUCGGCUCAGGAAAGUCAAAGUACGAAUCUUUCGAGUCUGGAAACAAAAACGACCAUCGAGCGGGCAAUGUAUAUUGUUUUGAUUAAACAGGUUUUACAAUAGGGUGAUUUUUUCCCCAUUUUUUUAGUUAGCUCUAGCAGUGAAAUUAUCAUUAAUUUUAGAUCCCAAGCUUUUAAAUUACAAUAUUAAGAGUAAACCCUUGUCCGCAUUUAUAAACCCUUUAUGCUCUUCAGUGAAGACCAUGUAAGACCGCUUUAUUGGCUUUCUUGUCAAUAAGUCUCGCGUCAUCCUUCAACAAGCUGGAAUAAUUUAUUUGUUCUUUUUGCAGCAAACAACUACGCUUUGCAUUUCACCCGCAAAAGCACCAGUGACUAUGUCACGACACUCGGCAUGCCAAGCCUAAAGGCCGUCACAGUUUGCCUUUGGAUGAAGUCUUCAGAUAAAGGAAAUGGAGGAACACCGUUGAGCUACGCAGUCUCAGAAUCAAAACACGACAAUGAAUUGGUCUUUAUGGACUACAGAAAGUUCAUGUUUUGGUUAGGAAACGGAGAAAGGUACAAAUAUCCCUAAACACGACUUUAAACCGAUAAACAUCAUUCUCACAGGAAGCCAUAAAUGCAUCAGGCGUCCGUAACUAGGUUAGUGUCGACAUAUCCUUACGGUGGUCCUAUAAGAGAUACGCUUUACGAAAAUUACAUGUAGUUUUUAAGAGUGAAUGUACUAUUAAACGACUACGGACUACAAGACAAUUAACAAUAAUAAAAGUGUAAGACGGAGGUAAAUCAACUUUUCAACUUCUUUAGAAAAACAGCUGUAUCCGCCAACGAUGGGCAAUGGCACCAAAUCUGCGCCACAUGGGAGAACAGCGCUGGAUCAUGGAAGAUGUAUAAAGAUGGAAAGGUGGCAGCUUCUGGAAACGGUUUUAAGACAGGUAUGCUUGCCCUCUGUGACUAACGUGGCACUGCACGAUUAAGAGUGGAUAGCGUUGAGCUACAUCAGUUCUGACUCUCAGAAAAAAACUUAUAGUGUGGAAGUAAAAUUACUGUUUGUUUUCGCUCUAGUAAUACUAAAUAAAAAAACUAAGUUAGCUGCAAGGAGAAAAAUUAAAAAAUUUCUUUCUAAUAUUUAAAUUUCCAGGUCAUGUGAUACGUGGUGGUGGGGUGCUUAUACUUGGUCAAGAACAAGAUUCACUGGGAGGAUCCUUUGACGCCAAUCAGUGCUUCAUUGGUGAAUUGACAGGUGUCAACAUCUGGAAUCACGUGAUCAAUGAGCAAGAGAUCAACCACAUGUCCAAGUCCUGUCUGAGAGGGGUGGGGAACGUAUUCCAGUGGAGUGACUUCAAGUUUCACGUGAAAGGCUCAGUGCGUUCGAUUAAACGGUCAUGUUAACCUCAAGCACGAGUCUACAUGCUUUAAACUCCGGAAAAAGUAGUUUUGUAACCAGUAUGGACAAGAGCCAUAAUUAUGGCUCUUAGUAUGGAGUAUCAAGCAUUAAAAAAGAAAAAAAUUUUUCUGAUGUUUUUACGUGUCCUAAAUCUUACAACUUAUUCCACGCUUCCACAAUCUGUCUACACUGUAUGUACUUGAGACUUAUUUUCUUUUUUAUAUAAAUUAGCCAUUGUGUUAACCUUUUCAUUUUCAAAGUCAAUAGUACAGUUUACUGGGGAUGAUAUCCUAUGGUACUACCUCUUCAGCUGUACUUUCACAUGGUACUAUUUUAUUUACAAUUUAACUCUAACUUUUAAGUCUGCAGACGAAAUCCUAUGGUGUGAUAAUUCAAUUGUCUCCCGAAACGGGGGACAAACGCGGCCAAGGAAAACUUCCCGUUCUUAAUCAAACUCCCCUUGAAAUUGAUGUUUUUGCAUUCACUGAAUGUACCAUUCCUUUCUCCGACGUAAUCGAGCCUGUGAUUUGAGUUUAAUCAAUUAGGUCCAGCCUUGAGAAAGAAUAAAUGAAGUAAAAUCGAUUCACAACAAAACAGACUUCACUCGAAUGCUUGUGUUCCAUUACGUAAUGUUAGUUGUCAGACUGAAAUUUUGAUUGUUCUUGCCGGUUCAUUUCGAUUAAGCCGGGCUGCUUCAACCGGAUGUCGAUUUUUUUUUCAAGUCUUGUGGCUUGUUUGCGUUUCCGGGGUCUUGAAUCUUUCUCCCCUUUUCGCCCGGAAUAAGCCAAAUUAAGGCUCCCCAACAACCUACUUGGGCACUUCUUGAAACAAUGGGCGACCGAAGAACCUUGUAUGACAAAUACGGUUUUUGAACAAGAAAUUUGGGAAUGUCUUCUUAUAUGUUUUAAAACACCGGAUCAAGCACCUUUGCUAGUUAUCAAAAAUGCUCUCUGAACGCUUGUGAACGUUCGUUAGAGAAUCUCCUGAUGAUCAGUGUACGAUUAUCAACAUUGUUGCCAGUGAUUGUAUCUGUUCGGAUGUCUUUAGAAAAACUCCGAAUAUCUUAGACGGAAGGAACGGUUAACCAGAAAUGUUUGGGCCCUUUUCUAACUUUAGAAAUUUCUAGGCAUUAUAAUUUUCUCCUUCGAACGGUAAUUUUACCGAAAAAAGUCGUUCGGUACCCCUGACUGAUGUCUGUGAUGUUGUGUAUUACGCUUGGUUAGCUCUGUGUUUAAUUUGAAUUCGCUUCCAUGAACAUUUGACAGCUGACAGAAGGUUAAACGUACAUCAACAUAUUCUAUAUUGUUGUUCAUAUUUCCGGCAAUCGCCAGUUUUAACUAACAGUGAAAUAUGUGUUGAUAGCCAAUAAAUCCUUUCAAAAUGUUGCAUAUACAGUAAAACGACGUGUUUGAGAAUGUGCCUAUAUUGAAAAUAAAUAGACUUCGAUACUCAAGACAUACAUCUGAAUAUACCAGUCUUAUCGUUUGUUAUUUGCUCUUGCUAGUCUUCUUCAAAAUCUAUGCAAUAAUGACAUUUCGAUAGUGAUAUACAACAUGAGCUCUUAAAAGAGGUUUCAUAAUUUUCUUCAACUUUUGAAACACAACUAUUUACACACGGUCUAGUUCAAAUUGUACACGUUGACGAUCAAGAAAAAAAGACUUGCUCUGUUAAUUUAUACACUGCACAUAUGUACUUUGAAAUUAGCAAAGGUCUGUAUCACGCAAAAGUUCUUAGUAUUACACAAAGCAGUUUUCUUCCUCGACAUGUUCGAUCCAAAUUUGAUUUCGUUUUAUCUGUGUUUGGUGGCCGUACCUCAAAUUGCUUGGUCUGCCCAAGUCAACACAACAGCCUCGGGUGGGAAGGUGAUCAUUUCUGGGAAUCAUAACGAAGUCGUUGUAUCCACUGAUCGAGAUAGUAGGAUUUCGCUCGCUAAGAUAAAAAGCAGUUGGAGUCAGUUAAGAAAUCGAACGCAGAGCUCUUCUCUCAGGUUCAGGACAUCUCUCAGAGAUUGUCGGCUCUGGAAAGUCAAGGUGCAAAUUUUUGGAGUCAGCAAUAGCUUCCGCGUAAUAGUGUUUGCUCAAACGAAUUUUACGAUAAGAUUUUUUUUCCGGUCGAAUUUCCUUUUUGUGAAUUUAUCAUUCAGUUUAGAACCUGAACAGUAUAAUUAAUGUUUACAGUAUAAUUAGAGUUGAUCCGCCAUCUUGUGUGCAGUUGUACUAUUGGUAGCAGUCCGAGAACAUAACAAUUAGAAAAUAAUUAAUGACUUUCGUAUUUACAAUUGUAAAACGCUUUCAUUGAAGAGCGCUUUUUCAUUUUUUGUCAAUAAGUCUCAAGCUUGUUCAUUUCAAUUGUUCUUUUAGCUACGAACAACUACGCUUUACAAUUUACCCGCAAAGGAACAAGUGACUAUGUUGUCAAACGCGGCAUGCCAAGCCUCAAGGCAGUCACAGUUUGUCUUUGGAUGAAAUCUUCGGAUAAGGGGAACGAUGGAGUACCGUUAAGCUACGCAGUGUCCGGAUCAUACAAUGAACUGCUCCUGUACAACUACAAAAAGUUUGAUUUUGGAGUAGGAAAAAACGGCAGGUACCAAUGUCCUAUCAUAGGCUAGGUUGUAGUUAACAAACAAACUCAGUGUUGUAGAAAUUUCGCUUAUCGUGGACCUUUAAGAAAAUAUGUAGGCUCCGGUUGUUCAAACAGCAGUGUCGGAUGAAAUGCUAAGUGCAAAAGAUACAUGAGUGUUAUGAAAACCAAUUUUGCUCUUCAACUUUAAACAAGAAUGUAAAAAAGAAAAGAGACAAAAUAAUGAAAUCUAUUGUAAUCAUUUCAUUACAUUUAGACAAACAGCUGUAUUGGCAAACGAUGGCCAAUGGCACCACAUCUGCGUAACAUGGGAAAACAGCGCUGGAUCAUGGAAGAUGUAUAAAGAUGGAAAGGUGGCAGCUUCUGGAAAAGGCAUGAAUACAGGUAUUUUUCUCCCCUGCGACUAGGUGCGCUCUUGACGAAGAAGUGUAAAUACUUUGACAAAAUUUUGGUAAAAUAACUAGAAAACUCAACAGCAAUGAUGAUAGAAGUGCCUCAGGACGUGGAAUUUUUUUUUUUUUUUUUUUUUUUUGCUCACAAAAGAGAAAAAUAUUGAAUACUGUCAAUGAAUUACGAAGUACAGAAAAGUAUUAAAGAAGUUGAUUUCUAAUUCUUCAAUUUCCAGGUCAUGUGAUUCGUGGUGGUGGGUUGCUUAUACUUGGUCAAGAACAAGAUUCACUGGGAGGAUCCUUUGACGCCAAUCAGUGCUUCAUUGGUGAAUUGACGGGUGUCAACAUCUGGAAUGACGUGAUCAAUGAGCAACAGAUCAACUACAUGACCAAGUCCUGUCUGAGAGGGGUGGGGAACGUAUUCCAGUGGAGUGACUUCAAAUCUCACGUGAAAGGCUCAGUGCGUUCGAUUAAACCGUCAUGUUAG